AUGGCUUCAUCCUUGGGGAAGCUCCUAGCUGAAGAAGGGUUCAAGGGAAGCAGAAGAAUCACAAGAUCCAAAUCUUCCGUCCAGUCUAAUCCUGAUAAGAUGCCCCAUUACUCAAUCAGGGACCAGGAAAGGAGACUAUCUGUAUCAGAUGACAGAAUUAGAGAGGAGAGAACAAAAUCUUACAUCUCACAAUAUCGGAUUGGGGUUGAAUUUUUAAAUAGAGACACUGCUCAGCGCGGGAGACCAAGGGAUAAUCUUGCUGAAAGAGGGAAAUUGGAUGACGGAUUGAAGAAUGAAAUUGCUGAGAAAUCUUCCAGCAAUGCGAAGUUGAGUAAAAAAUUUGAUAGCAAAACACCAGGACACACACCUAGAAAUGAGAUAACCAAGGUGGGCGACCAAGAAGAUGGCAAAGUUAAAGAUGUUUAUUCCAAUGAAUUAAUUGCAAAUAGAGGGAAAGAAGAGUAUUUGAAUGACUUUAGGAAUAGGGAUAAGUGGCCCAGGAUGCUACUCAAGGAUGCAAAGCUGGAUAAGAGGCACAGCAGCAGUUCCAGUACACAUAAGGUUGGACAGUUGAAUGGAAGUGCCAAGAAGAAUAUAAAGCGACAGGAGAGAUCAUACGGUCGAUCAACUAACGAAAGCUUUGAAAAUAGUUACGACAAAAAUCAUGGGCAUGCUUUGCAGACAACGGCUGAUGUAGCUCUCGAUGAAGUUGCUGUGCAAGCAGUUGUUUCUAUUCUAAAUGGAUAUGUAAAACGCUUUCUAAACGAUGAAGAUUUUCGGACCACAUGGCGUCACAAUUGUUUUUCUUCCUUGAAUUUCAUUGAACUCGAAGAUGAGAACAAUACUGAGACCAAAGUCAUAAGAAGUCUUGAACAAGCAAUUGAUACAAUAGAACGAGCUGCUGAGGAAUCUGUAUCUGAAAAAGAAUUGAAGAGAAACUCUUUGCAGCUAAGCAUUAUUACAGGUCUAAGCUUAAAUGAAUUGAAGUAUGGUUUUACAUGUGGGAUACCGAAUUAUAAGUUGUCAGCCUGUGCUCAUCUUUACCUCAGUGUAGUCUAUAAGAUACAGAGAAAGGGUAAGGUAUCGGCGAAGCAUCUUUUGCAAGUAUUUUGUGAUUCCCCUUCUCAGGCACGGACAACAUUGCUUCCUGAAUUGUGGGAGUGCUUAUUUUCUCCACAACUUUCUCAUUUGAAAGAAUGGUACAACAGGGAAGUUCAUAUGCUGGUGAAUAUGACAAGCAGAACAAGAAAAAUGAAGCAUCUUGAAAAAGUGUAUAAUGAGCAUUUGGAUUCUGGGACUCAUUCAUUUGCUGUAUACUACAAAGACUGGCUCACUGAAGGAGCAGAAGCUCCAUCAGUUCCUUCUAUCACCGUUCCUUCAACAUCUGCUUCAGAAAGUCAUUACGGAAGUUCCCUUGGUCAUUCUUCUGGAUUAGCUUCUUCCGUUGAUUCAUUCUCACCACAGCCAAUGGUUAGCAAAAAACUGUAUGAUUCUGUCUUUGGUAGCUCGAGUAAAGCUGGAAUUGACGAAGAGGAAGAUAAUGCCAUGGAAGAUAACUUACACAACUGCAAGGGACACUCAUGUGUUUCAUCUAUUGCUGAACAAAAAUUAACGUUUCCCUCUAAAAUGGUUGAAUAUACCGAUGAAGACACUGAAGAAGAUUCCCAGAUGACGCCGCUUGCUAUUGAGCUCCAUACUCGUGAUAUUGAAAAUCUUUUGCAGUUACAUUAUGAUUUUUAUGAAAGGAACCUCAAUGAUAGAUGA